CGCUCGAACUUAAUGCAAGCAGAUGCGCCUAGCUGCUCUCCCGUAGUAUAUCCAGCGGGCGCCGCGAGCGGCCCGAGGAAGAAGAGAGACAAGACAGCCCAGGCGACGGAAAGAGAGGGUCAGCCCGUCAGAGCAGGAGAUCGAUGGAACUCCGCGACAUCUCCUCCUCCUCCUCGCCCUCCUCCGUUCUGCUGCUGCUGCUCCUCCUCCUCGCUAUCAUCUCAGCCAAUGACGUCGUGUCGGCGGCGACGACGCCGCUCAAGUUUGGCAUCAACUACGGCCAGAUCGCGAACAACCUGCCGCAUCCGACGCAGGUGUCCGGCCUCCUCCAGUCACUCAGCGUCAACCGGGUCAAGCUCUACGACGCCGACCCCGCCGUCCUCACCGCCUUCGCCGGCACGGGCGUCGAGUUCAUCGUCGGCAACGAGGACCUCCACAACCUGACCGACGCCCGCAAGGCCCGCGCCUGGGUGGCGCAGCACGUGCAGCCCUUCAUCCCGGCCACGCGCAUCACCUGCAUCACCGUCGGCAACGAGGUGCUCUCAGGCAAGGACACCGCGGCCAUGCAGAGCCUCCUCCCGGCCAUGCAGUCCGUCCGCCAGGCGCUGGUCGACCUCGGCCUCGCCGGCAAGGUGAACGUCUCGACGGCGCACUCCGUCAACAUACUCGCCACCAGCUACCCGCCGUCGGCCGGCGCGUUCCGGGAGGACCUCGCGCAGUACAUCCAGCCGCUGCUCAACUUCCACGCCGAGGUCGGCUCGCCGUUCCUCAUCAACGCCUACCCGUUCUUUGCGUACAAGGCGAGCCCCGGCAGCGUGUCGCUGCCGUACGUGCUGUUCGAGCCCAACCCCGGCGUGCGCGACCCGGCCACCAACCUCACCUACGACAACAUGCUCUACGCCCAGAUCGACGCCGUGUACGCGGCCAUGAAGGCCAUGGGCCACGCCGACAUCACCGUGAGGAUCUCCGAGACGGGGUGGCCGUCCAAGGGGGACGCCGACGAGGUGGGAGCCAGCGUGCAGAACGCCGCCGCGUACAACGGCAACCUGAUGAAGCGGAUCGCGGCCGGGGAGGGGACGCCGCUCAAGCCGGGCGUCCCCGUCGACGUGUUCGUGUUCGCGCUGUUCAACGAGGACAUGAAGCCCGGCCCGGCGUCGGAGAGGAACUACGGCCUGUUUUACCCCAACGGCACGCCGGUGUACAAUAUCGGGUUCGACGGCGCGUCCUUCAGUCCGUCGCCGACGACCUCGACGUUUUCUGCCUCUUCCAGGCCAACGAGUACAUUUCUGAUGGGGGUGGUUGUCCUACUCGCCGCAUUCUUCCUCUGACCAUUUCCUCCCCCAAGUAUAUUGCAUCAGUGAUUUGGGAUUGUUUUUUUUGACCGAGAGUUCGAUUUGUUGUUACAUAACUAGCACACAAAGCCGGUAGUACAACCUGGAGGUAAGCUUAUCUUAACAUCCUUGCUCAACUGUGGCUGCUGAUACAGUUUUCAGAACCAUUUUUUUGUCAGAACAAUUACCAGCCAUGAAACUGAUUACUGCAACAUAAUCUUGUCAGCCAUAAUGUUAGGUGACCGAUCAUCCUAUCUCAGUGGAAGGAUAUGUUUGGCCUUUUUUCUAGGUUCUUUGAAAGUUGCAAUGUCAGCCACGAAAUUUAUUAGUGUAACAUAAUCUUUGUCAGCCAUAAUGUUAGGUGAUCGAUCAUCUUAUCUCAGUGGAGGGAUAGGUUGGCCGUUUUCGCAUCUGGUGCUUCAUGUGAAGGAUGUCGCUCUGCUAGCGUAUUCCCCAGGGUGGUAGGCCGGUUGUUGAUCGGUUGUUUCAUUUUAGGAUUCUAGCUCUCGCCAUCUCACGGCCAUAUAGUUCUAAACUGACCAACCAACCAGCCAGCCAGACAGCCAACGAGAAGAUUCUAGUUCGCGUCAUGCACAAGAAUCGAAUAAGCAUUUGGCACAGAAAUGGGCAUUAUUCUGGACCCAUUGUUCAUCAAUUCUCUCAUGAACAGAGCACCAAACAAAGCAACAAAUUGAACCCUCAAUAAUCAUUUGACUUCGUUGUCUUAGUUGUGGAAUCUUAAGAAUUAACUAAUUGUUGCAAAAAUUAGGAUUUUUUUCCCUUCCAGAUAUGGAUGUUUAGGCAUUUUCUCUUACAUUUCCGCAUAAAUGAAAUGGGUAGGAAGAGUGAUCUGUCGAAGAGUUGACAAAACGUAGAAUUAUGUGCUAGUAGUUAGGACAAUGGUUUUCAUUCAUUGUACAGUCGUCCUAUAGAUAUGAUCAAACAAGACCGUAUUUCACCUGCUUUCCUCAGCUACUCGCUCUUAUAAUUAAUGAACCGGUAGCUCUCUUGCGGUUAGGUUCAGAGUAAAAGAUCAAACAGGAUCAUGCGCCUCUCUGCUUUUAUAUACGGCGUGCUCCACCGAAAUGAGAAAUUAGUUUGAACUCCAGUUUAAUUUCUACCGUACAUAGUGAAAUAAUCUCCCUUUUCUAGAUCUUACACGUAAAAUUUGCAGUUAUAUAUGAUGCCAUUCUUCAUGCCAAUACAACUCUUAAUAAUAUGUUGCUCCAUCCAUUUCUA